UAGGGUGGGGGUGACAUUAUCCUACUAUGGUGAAGACUUGGUCCUUAAUAUUCAUUAGAUGAAUCUUCGCCACUGGAAGAUCAACAACGCAGCGUCAACAAUAUUAAUGAAUAUUCAUUAGUUUACAUCACCAUUGGAAGAUUGCGAUGCAACGCCGCGCGCUACACUUAUUAUAAAACCUUUGUCGUACUAGAAUUCGUAACUCCACUGAUGGGGAUUUAUAGUUUUGGUAGACCGCGGAUUAACACAAAUUAGUGCGCACAAGUCUCAGUUUUGGCAACUAAGAGCGCAAGCUCAAAAAUAAAAAGAAGAAGGAAAAAGAAGAAAAAAACAAAACAAAACACGGAUGACAAAUCUAACGCAAGGUGUGCGCUCUGCUUCGGGUGUUUCUACAUCUUAGCUUCAUUCAGCUGUGUCAGAUUUAUUUAACAGUUGCUGGCUUUAAUUUUAUACGCGCAUCAUGGAGUACUGGAGGCAGUGCAGCUUGUGGCUGAUCGAUUGUAAAGUUUUGCCCCGGAGUCAUCGGGUCACGGCGGACUCGGCGCAGGUUUUUGAUUUGGCCCAAACUCUUCGGGAUGGGGUGCUUCUGUGCCAGCUGCUGAACAAUCUCAGACCCGGCACCAUUAACUUGAAAGAGAUCAAUCUCAGACCACAGAUGUCACAGUUCCUCUGCCUGAAGAAUAUUCGGACAUUCUUGUCUGCAUGCCGUGAUGCAUUUGGGAUGAAGAAGAGUGAACUGUUUGAAGCUUUCGAUCUCUUUGAUGUCCGAGAUUUUGGAAAGGUCAUUGACACCCUAUCAAAACUGUCUCAUAUGCCUUUUGCACAGCAGAUAGGAAUCAGGUCAUUUCCCACAGAGGAAAGCACUGAAAAUGAAGACAUCUAUAUCCAUUUGGCAGAUCAGAUCGAUAAUGAGGAUCUGGAGGAAGAUAUUUAUGACCCUGUGUAUGGAGAUGUGGAGGGAGGAGAGGUGUAUGAAGAUCUGAUGAGGACAGAGGCUGCUGCGUCUGAAGCGAAACAGGCCGAGGUGGAUAUCAGAAGCUGCUGUCUUCACGAGAUCAAACAGACAGAAGCCAAAUACACUGAGACCCUGGAGACCAUCGAGAAGUACUUUAUGAUUCCACUGAUAAAAUUCCUCUCCGCAAUAGAAAUCGACAAGAUUUUCAUCAAUAUACCAGACCUGGUUAAAGUUCACAAAAACCUACUGGCUGAGAUUCAAGACUCGGUUCAAAAUAAAAAUGCAGAAAACCUCCACCAAAUCUUCAUCCUUUACAAAGACAGGCUUCUGCUUUAUGGAAAAUACUGCAGUCAUGUAGAACGCGCCAUCUCUCUGUUAGACUUCAUCUGUAAGGAGAAAGAGGGUGUUCGACUGAAACUAGAGGAAUGUUCAAAGAGAGCCAACAAUGGGAAAUUCACUUUGAGGGACUUGCUUGUGGUUCCCAUGCAGCGAGUGCUUAAAUACCCACUACUGCUCCAGGAAUUGGUGAAAUAUACUAAUGACAACACAGAAAAGAGCAACCUGCGAUUAGCCCUUGAUGCCAUGAGAGACUUAGGCCAGUAUGUAAAUGAGGUGAAAAGAGACGUUGAGACUCUGAGGGAGAUUGAUCAGUAUCAGAGAUCCAUUGAUAAUUUGAACCAGUCCUUACUUUCUUAUGGAAGACCGAAGGGGGACGGUGAAGUCCGUUUGGUGUCAAAUGUGGACAAGCGCAGACAGGACAGACAUAUUUUUUUGUUCGACGUCGCUGUAAUUGUCUGCAAGAGGCGCGGGGACAACUAUGAGAUGAAGGAAGUAAUCGACCUCAACCAUUUCAAGAUCACCAAUAACCCCACUACUGAUAAGGACUGCAGAAAGUGGUGCCAUGGGUUCCACCUCACUCACCAACAGGGGCAGAAUGGGUUUGAGUUCCUGUUCAAGACAAAAGAGCUGAAGAAGAAAUGGCUGGACCAGUUUGAGAUGGCCAUAUCUAAUAUUCGACCUGAGAAUGCCACAUUUAACUCUCACAACUUCAGGAUGCACACUUUCGAGAGGGCCACCAGCUGCAGCUCUUGUCAUAUGCUUCUCAGGGGAAUUUUUAAUCAAGGCUACCUUUGUCCUAAAUGCGGAAACGGGGCUCAUAAGGGUUGUCUUGGAAAACUAGGAGCCUGUGGAAGGGCAGGUAAUGGUGCUGCUGUUCAAAAACCACAGAGAAAGACAACACCUAGGAAACAAGAAGACCAAGGUUUGCCAAAAAUGAUGGUAAUCAGAGACUAUUUUGGGGUUCCCAGUCCUCCGGGUGGACCACCGCUGAAUGCUCAGAUUGGUGAUGUCAUAGAGGUCAUCUGUGCCGAUCCUCACAGCUCCUGGUGGGAGGGCAAAAUCCUGACAACGCAAGAGACCGGCUUCUUUCCAAGUGAUGCAGUCAAACCCUGCCCAUGUGUACCGAGGUCAGUCGACUAUUCAGCUCAACCCUGGUUCGCCGGGCCCAUGGAGAGGCACCACGCAGAGUCUGAGCUCAUGGAGAGAGAGAACAGCACCUUCCUGGUGCGGAACAGGAGCCGGGAGAGCAGAGAGUAUGCUAUCAGCAUCAAGUACAACAAUGAUGUAAAACACAUUAAGAUCCUCACCAAGGAGGGGUGCUUCUACAUUGCUGAAAGCAGGACAUUCAAGACUGUGUUAGAACUGGUUGAGUAUUACAAACAGCACUCUUUGAAAGAGGGUUUCCGUACUCUGGACAUUACUCUGCGGGUGCCCUAUAAGGAGCUUGGUAGUGGACUCGCACCUGCUGCUCCAGUGCUGUGUGGGCUUUCCGUUUUGAGUCCCACCAGCUACAGUUUUGUUCCUCCCUCCCCCUCACCCUUCUGGUCAGUUUUGACCCCGAGAGUGCUUGGCAUUGCGCUUGCACGAUAUGAUUUCAGCUCCAGAGAUACACGGGAACUCUCUCUGCAGGUGGGCAACCUGGUGAAGAUAUAUAUCAAAUGCACCAAUGGUUGGUGGAAAGGUGAAGUCAACGGCCAGGUGGGAUGGUUCCCUUCAAGUUAUGUGGAGGAAGAGGAGUGAUCAGCGCAGGACGUUAUCCUCUCUAUGCUGUGACAGUGAUAGGCCACUUGUUGGCUUUGGACAAGAAACGUAAUAGCGAACAGUGCACCCUUGUUUAAGCGAAGCACCACAAACACAGCAAUUAUCAGCCUCCUCUAAUGGGAUCUGGUGGACUGCGGUUGAGAACUGCAGCGUGAUGCAUCCGAGGCCCCGUCAGCUUUGACUGUUCAAUUAGUUAUGAAUGUCCCUCGCUGCUCCACAUUCAGUCCAGACAUCUCUUUCUCUCACUCUUUUCCUCCCUCUCACCCUGUCACCUCCUGAAAUCUUCACACAGGGCCUGGGGCCCCCCUCUUUCUGCCUGUUUAAAAUUUAAACUCCAUUUCUGUGCUGGACCUCCCAUAAACUCAGGAGUGGCACGCAGAGAGAAAAGCCCUGAGCUGGCCGUUUUUCCCCUCACUCGGCGACCUUUACGCGUUGCUUUCAGCUCACCUUGUGCUAUAAUUGAUGAUUUAAUUUGCCCGUCUGACUCGGCAAAGUUUGGCCUGGGUGAGACGGAGCGCAGUGCUGUCACGAAGCCUUCCUCCCUGCCUCCUCCUCUUCAGGCCUGGUGACACUUAGCGGCGCUGCUCUCUCAGGGCGCUCAGGGCACUGCGUGGUGACAGGAGGCCUGCCGUUCAGUGCGAUAUCCAUCUUAGCCGGCCUAACACGCUGCGCUGUGAUCAGUCAUUGCUCAGUCUGUUCCUGAACCUCAGGUGCUCCCAAGCAGAAUGCUGGCACUGAUUUUGGACUGAAGUCAAUUUCUUCUCUUGUCAUGCAAUGGAACGACUUGUUAAUGCUGUGGUGUUUGGGGCACUAAGGCUCCCAGACACUGCAAAAAAAUUAUUUGGGGAGUUUUAUGCCUCUUACAAAAAAUCUGCUAAUGGAAAAAAACAAAAUACAAUACCGUUCAAAAGUUUGGGGUCAGUAUGAUUUAAAUUUUUUAAGAAAUUAAUACUUCAUGAAUACUUUAUCAGGGACACAUUCAUUUAAUUGGCAAUAUGUUAUGAAAGAUUUGUAUUUCAAAUAAAUCCGUUUUUUGUUUACUUUCUAUUCAUUUAAGAGUCCUGAAAAAAAAUGAAGUGUCUGAACUUUUUCAUUAGAAAAAUUUACUUCAAAACAUUUCAAACCAUAAUAAUGUACUUUUCACUGCACUAAGUUUCAUAUUAGUUAUACAUAAAUUAUACAUAAAUAUACAUAAAUAUCAGUUAUAUAUAGAUACUUUUUAAUUUACUUGAAUAAAGUAAAAAUACUUCAGUACUCUCUGCCUGUGAUUACAGUUUAAACAAAAAUAUGAAGAAGCGCAACUGUUUUUUGAUAAUAAUUAGAAAUGUUACAUCCAGCAAACAAGCAUAAUAAUUUCUGAAGGAUCACAUGACACUGAAAACUAGAGUAUUGACUGCUGACAAUUCAGGUUUGCCAUCACAGGAAUAAAUGACAUUGUCAGGUAUAUUCGAAUAUAAAACAAAUAUAAAUCUUUUAGAAAUUCUUACAUACCCCAAACUUUCGAAUGGUAGUAUAUGUAAAAGAUAGUCUCUCUGAAAAUAAGUAUUAAUAUUCUGUGUCAUUUUACUUCUCAGGUAAUGUUUAUCUUGUUAUGAGGAUUUGUAGAUUUUUACUGGAAAACAAGACAAAAACACUGAUAUAGAAUAGGAUUUUUGCACUGUAAGAAAUACAUCAGCUCCCAUUGAAUUUGGCAGAGAAUUUUUCUCUUGUUUAAAAUAGUUAUGUAAAUUGUUUGUAAAGGAAGCUGCUCUCUAAGGGUGCUUUCACACUUGGUUCACUUGCCCGGUCUGAACCCGAGUUCGGUUGCUCCCCCCUCCCCCUGCCCCCGCUGGACUGUGUUCAUACUAGUAUAAUAUUUGAGUCCGAAGCGCGGUUCGCUUGCGUCAUCAAGCCAGCAGCUGUUUACCCCGUUGCUUGGUAACGACAGUGCAGGAGAAGGCGGCAAAUGCAAAUGUUUGUUUUGUUUAUAAAGCUUUGGUACAUAACGGCACUUGCGUCUGUCUUACGAAUGUACUGAAAAUGCUCUAAAGAACGUUGAAAGCGAACAUAAAUGAGAUGUAGGCCUACAGCUCUCUGCUUGCAGCGCGUCAGUCACGCUCAUCAGGAAAGUGAGUGAAACACACACACAAACACACAUUUUCAUCAAAUAAUUUGACAUUAAAAGCGGUUCUCUUCUGCGAUUUGGUACGAUUGCGUUCACAUAAGCAGUUAACCGUACCAGAGUUCACAUGAAGCGUACCCCAGACCACCGUUUUUAAGCGGACUCGGGUACAGUUCGUGGGUGCGCAUCCGAGUACGGAAGACACCGUUCACAUCACCCAAACAAACUGAACUCUGACGUCAAUCGAACCCGGGUGCGCACCAAAAGUGCUAGUGAAAGUACUCUAAAUGCACUGGACACACAUUUAAUAAAAGCUGCUUUUUUUUCUCUCUCUAAAAUCUAGGUCACGGUUUUCUUAGUAUAGAUAUUUACAAAUAUUUCAUUUUUUUAUAAUUGUUAAAGCACCUUCUAUGCAUUCAUGUUGUCUUGCUUUCUUCAGAAUAAAUAUAAAUUAUCACUUGUUUCACACUGUUUAGAGAGUGAGUUUUGUAAAGCUGUGUACAGUACAGGGUCUAAAACGUUAGUUUUUGCCAUGCUUGCCAAUUUCUUACUGACCAUGAAACUAUUUUGUACUACUUUUAUUAUUUUUUCUACCCAUUACAGUGGCAUUAUUAUUGCUGUUUUUUUCCCUUGUAUAUUAGUUUUUUCUUGUUUUUGCUUGUCCUAAUAUUGUUCCUCACAUUUUUUUUUUUUUUUUUGUGAGAGAUAUUCUAGCAAAUGUACUUCUCGUAAACAGAAAUAAACUUCUGAUGGUAAAGAUUUAAAA